AUGGCCCUGAACUUCCUUCACAACGAUUUCGUGCCAAUACCGCUGGCCCUUUUGCAGCGGCCACCUACCCAGGUGCAGGUUCGCCUCACGUCUUCCGUGGGUAGGCUUUUGAAGGCUUUCGGUGCCUCUGUUGGCGAGGAGCUCCUUGUCAGCACAGGCCGCCGCAAUCCCCAAUUGGUUGCACGCCUUUCUGAGUUGAUCUCGUUGUUGACUACCAUCAGUCCCAAAGGCUGCGAUGCAAGGGAAGGUGAGAAGGUACCGACUGAUCCGUCUGUGCUUCCCGAACUCGAGCCUUACAGGCCCCUUUGUGCUUCAAGGCUGAAGCUUUCUGGCCGCGGCCAGUUUGACGCUCGGCCUUUCCUCAGCCCAAACCUCUACAUGGCUUUCUGUAAGCCUGAUGCUCUGCUGCACACCGGCGUGCCUCCCACUGAUGUCUUUGCUGAUUGGACCAAAGAGCGGCCCGAAGAGGUCGCGGCCUUGGCCAAGAUCUGGGAUUCAAAGGGCUUGCUGCAUCUUAGGCCCUCCAACGUACCUGCCUCUUUGAGCCAUCACGUUUCGCGGGCUUUUAACUGCUACAAAAGCCCAGAAAAGGAUCGACAGAUCAUUGACAGAAGGGGUCGAAACUGGUGUAAAGGCAGGGUUUGCGGCCCAUCCGCAAUCAUACCGGUAGGGCCCCUGCUGUGCCAACUUGAGGCCCGGCCUAGCCGCGAGACUGUCAGGAUUUCAAUAACUGACAGGCGUGACUUUUACCAUCAGUUUUGGGUGCCAGACCGGCGCGCUGAGACAAACAUGCUGGGUCCCGCUCUGCCGCGUAGCAUGCUGUUUGGCACGGCUGCACUUGAGAGGUUCGAGGCCCAGCGUCCGCUUUCUUGGGGAAAAAGACUGCGCGAGGUCAGAAGCGACUUCCUUCACGAGGAGCCUGCUAAGGAUCGCUUGGAGCCUUUGUUGUUCAACUCCGAUCUCUUGGUGCCUUGCUUCAAGGCCAUUGCUCAAGGGGAUCAUAUCGGUGUCGAACUGGCCUCGGAUGCGCAUGCCUCUUUGCUCGCUAGCCACGGUCUCCUCGGUGAGGGCGACCGUCUUUGUUCCAACAGGCCUUUCAAAGGCAGCACAGAGGCUCAGGGCCUAAUAAUCGACGACUUCUUUGUGGCCUCAGUCUGCGAUGCUAGCUCCAGCAGUGAGCCGGCGUGCGUUGCCAAGCUGCGCUUGGCAAAGGAAGCAUAUGCUUUGUACUCCCUCGAAGGCUCCGAUGACAAAGACGUGUGGGGCGGAGAUUGCGUGAGAGUCGCUGGGGCGCAGCUCGACUCUUCGCCCGGCACUCGAGCGCUCGGCCUCAUCACUCUGGGAGCCCCUGCCGCUAAGAGGGCGGCUCUCUCUGUGAUCAGCCUUGAAGUUGCCAGACUUGCCCACACAACCGAUAGUCUGCACUUGUGCCUGCUGGGCAACUGGACUUCCAGCUUGCUUUACAGGCGACAGCUCAUGUCAGUGCUCGCCAGGAGUUUUGGUCUUGUCCGAGCGCAGGAUUUAGGCCGCAUUCCUCGUGUCAUUGGCCUUCCCAGGUCUGUUGCCCAGGAGUUGGUCCUGCUGGCCAUCCUGGCCCCGCUUGCUGUGUCCAAUCUUGGUGCCGUCCUGGCAGACAGUCUUUACGCCACCGACGCUUCCGAGCAAAAGGGUGCUUUCGUGAGUUCCACCGCGCCCCCCUUUCUGGUCCGGUCACUUUGGCGCACUGGCUCUAAGAAGGGUGGCUACUCUCGCAUUUUCUCUCGUGAGGAGGCACUCCUGGCUAAGCACCUUGAUCCUGAGCCCUACGAUCUUCGCUUGUUGCAGAGCCAGACGUCCGUGAGCCCUAGCCGGCCCCUGGCUUUCAGGUUCGACUUCAUUGAGGUUUUCUCCAGUUCUGGUAGGUUGACUGAGGCACUUAGCGCUAAGGGCUGGGUUGUAGGUCCUCCUCUUGACAUUGCACGAAGUCCUGCCUAUGACUUGCAGAACCUCCGCGUGCUUGACUGGUUGUUGCACAUGUUGGAAGGUCGCACCCUCCGCAGCUUGGCUUUGGGGCCCCCUGGCUCCACCUUCUCGUGCGCAGCCUCUCCCAGCUUGAGGUCUGAUGCUGAGCCUAGGGGUUUCUCGCCGUCUGAGCCACGCACGCUUUUGGGCAACACUUUGGCGCUUCGGGCUCUGACGCUUGUGUUUGUUGCCCUUCGGAUGGGCGCCGUUGCCUUGCUUGAGCAGCCCCGGAAGUCCAAGAUGGCAAGGCUCAGUGAAUGGAAGCGCUUGCUCCUGUUGGGGGCCUAUGAGGUCUUUUUGGCCUCCUGUUCUUUUGGUAGCGUCCACCUGAAGGAAUUUCGAUUCCUGGUGGUCAACGCAGAUUUCUCCCAUCUGCAGCAGCCGUGCACAAGGAAUCAUUCCCAUGUAAAGAUCCAAGGGAAGCACACAGCAGCCUCCUCCGUGUACGUGCCUUUCCUUGCAGAUGCCAUUGCCCACGAGUUUGACCAAGCACUUAGAGCGCAGGCCCAUGCUGAAGGCCUUGAAAACUUCGUUGUGAAUGAUGUUGUGUUGUCUCUGCCGUGGAGAGUUGGGAAGGCAUGGGCUUGGAGGGCCAUGUCCCACAUCAAUAUCUUGGAGCUCGCCUCGGUCCUCCGCUUGCUGCGCUUCCUGGCCCCUCAUGGGUCCCUCCGGAUCGUGGUGUUUGUAGACUCUGCUGUUGCACUCCAGGCAGCCUCUAAAGGCCGCAGCCCCUCAAGAGGCUUAACGCCCAUCCUCCGCAAGGUCGCAGCUGUCUGCUUGGCUGCAGACCUGUAUCCAGUCUUCCACUUCUGCCCUGCGUGCCUGAAUCCCGCUGACUGUCCUACUCGUGACACGCUUUUGCCUCCGCCUUCUGACCAUGCAGUGUGGCCCGAGUUGACUAUUGAUCAGCUCUAUGAGGGCCUUGCAGCCACCAAGGUGCGCCGUUGGCUUGCAAACUGGGAGCGACUUGCUGCAAGAGAGCACAAGACACUGGCUGAAGGAAGGCCUGUCGAGGAGCCGACUCAGCGUAGACGUCAGAAGUUUCUGGAGGCUUUUGAGCGUUGGCUGGGCGCCCGUGGUUUCGACUUCAAGGCGUGUUUUGACACCAGCUUGGGAUUUAGCGUUUUCGUGGCGCAUCACCUUGGCAUGCCUUGGCAGGUGCUACUCGCUUGUGUCUCAGUUGCCCUUCUUUGGGGCUGGGUCCCCGUUGCCGGGUUGCUGGCUUUAACGUGGGGUGGCGUCAUGCGCGUGGGCGAGGUUCUCGGUGCUACGAGAUCUGAUCUGACAUUGCCAGCCGAUCUUGGUGGCACGAUAUGGUUUGCGCUGCUGUCAAUCGCGGAGCCAAAAACAAGGUUUCGUGCUGCCCGACACCAGGUCGCUCGCUUGGACCAACCUGAUUUGCUGCGAGUUGUCACCAUGGCUUUUGGUCACUACGCCCCCGAAAGGCGCUUAUGGCCUUUCUCUCCCUCGACUUUGAGGAGCAGGUUCUCCGCAGUGGUCAAGGCCCUCUCUUUGGACCGACUUCCAGGAGGCAAGCAGUUGGACCUUGGCUCCCUCAGAGCGGGAGGGGCUACGUGGCUCCUUCACCAGACUGAGAACAGCGAGCUCGUCAGGCGACGAGGCAGAUGGCUAAAUCAUCGUUCAAUGGAGAUUUACGUCCAGGAAGUGGCGGCGCUACAUUUCUUCUCGACAGUCCCAGCCGUCGCCAAGACCAAGGUUUUGUCCUUGCUGGAAGGAUUCCAAAAUCUCCUGUUCCGUGCAGAAGCGCUUCAGCGUGCAGGGGUCCCCCCUGCUGUUUGGUUCAAUCUCUUUCGCCUGGGUUAG